AUGGAUCCAGCUCAGGUCUCAACACCACACAGUUCUCAAACCCUGCCUCUAUCUGCAUCAUCCUCCGACACAACCUCGUCAGCCUCCUCGUUCUUUUCCAAGGGUCAUCCCACCAGAUCUGGGAGCAAUGCGUCUUCGAUUGCCUCUUCUCCGGCUGUGAGAGAUUCUUUGGACAUGUAUAACUCUUCGAAAAGACAUUUGACCGACGUGAAGGAGGAGCCACUCGAGCUGCAGGACGCCGAGAUGAUGGAGGCAGCGGGCAGCCAGUCUGGAGAUGAGCAGAUAAAUGCCACCGUCCAAUCUCCAGCUCCCCUGUCAACAGCCAAUCUACCCUCAGUAGCUCAUUACGAUUUCAACGAGAAUGAGACGGCAGAAUCUCCAAUCUCUGCAGCUUCAUCCUUCAAGAAACGGAGGUCUGGCGAUUCUCCGGCAUCUGUUGUCGCCAAUCGAAUUGGAACACGAUUCCCCUCGUUUUCCAGACAGUGGAAGUCCAAAACUGGUGGGAGUCCAAAGCUGUCGAUCAUCACUCACACCGACACCACUCGUUCUCGAACAAACUCGGUCUCGUCGCAACUUGUCAGCCCUGCAUUGAGCGUCAUUUCAAAGCACGAGAGCCUCUUGUGUUCUUCGCCUGCGCAAGCUGGGCCAGAGGAAAGUUCGGCCGAGGCUGGUUCUGCGUUAGUCAACAUUGAAGAAGCGAACGCAUAUUUUGGGCAGGAUGAAGGACAAGCGACAACGCCCUUGCUGCCUCCAAUCAUGAUGGACAUCUCCCCGUUCAACAUGCCUGUUCAGUCGCCUUUACAGUCACCCACUGUAGCUGAAACUCCGACGUCAACAGGCUGUGCAACACCAUCUGGCACUCCGCAGUUGCCCUGUCUUCCUUCUCCCCCUUUGUCAACCAAGCCAUCAAUUGCCUCGAUCCGUCAACGAUCUCGAGCUGGCACGGUAGUACCCUCCUCAGAAAUCCCACCCUUACAGAUGCUUGGCGAGGGCGACGACGAUCAGUGGUCGGUAAAGCUUGGGCAUGCCAAUUUCACAAUUCAUCCUGAGCCUUACCUACCAAAAGUCUUUGACAUGGAGACAUUCAAGCAGCUGCGUGAGAAUUGGGAUCAAGCUCGGCAUAGCUACGCCAAGCACCUAGCGCGGACAGGGGAACAUUAUGGCACCACGUCCAAGACUUACCUGUUGACCGAGGAGAAAUGGGCCUCGAUUGAUGCUACAUGGCAGAAGAACACUGCCAAGAUGACUGAUGCCAUUGGCCCUCUCAUUGCUCGUUCUAGUAGCGGAGAGGCCGACGGUUCAGACUCGUCGUGCUCGACCAAUGUUCUUGAACAACCUCCUUCCAGAGUCAUUGUCCCCCGCAUUAAUGAUGCCACGGGCAAGUUCCCUGACAUGGGCGAUGAAGACAUUGUUGGGCCCAUGGCCGUCGGUCCGUCAAGAGCUGCAACCAUGCAACAAUUGCUUGAGCCGACAGUGCAAAAUCGCUUGUCCAAGAAAAGAAACUUUCUCAAGUUCUUCUCCGACUUUCUUGGCCGUGGAGUCGGUUCUGGUCUCCGCACGUAG